AAUAAAAUAUUAUUAUAUUGAAUAUAUUUUCUAUUUUGGGGAGUUGAAAUAAAUAAAUAUUUGAUAGAUGUGCAUGUACUAGUAGGCAUAGCAUAUGCAAUUAUGCAUAAUAUGGAAGCCAUUCGUGUGGGGGUCACAUACAUAUAAGCCCCACGUUCCUCUUUUAUAUCUUUCGUCCUUCUAUCUUAAGGCUUAGCUACCCUCCCUCCCUCCCUUCUCUAUAACCCCUUAAGUUAACCCCUCCCUCCCUCCAUUCUCAACUUCAUUGCUUUCCCUUCCCACUUCCACUCCACUUCACUUCUUACACACUCUUUCUCUCUACCUUGCCUCAUACACUACCUACUAUAAAUACACACACACACUCUUAAUAGAAGAAGAUACUACUACUAUAGCUAGUAGCUAGUAAUUUCAUAACUACAUUAAUCAAUAUUCCAAACCAAACAAAAAAUAACUAAGCCAUUUUAGUUAGUUAUAAAAUAAAUAAGUGUGUGAGUGUGAUAUAACUAAAAAUAGAAAUUGAACUGUUUAGUUAAGGCAAUGGGUGAGUGUGAGAUACCUCAACUUAUUAUUAGUAGCUCUAGCUCAGAGACUAAAACUUCUUCAUCUUCGGAGCUCCAUUUACCCGACCCGGUUCAAAAGAGAUCCAAAAGACCAAGAGAAAGUAACCACCCGGUUUACAGAGGAGUUCGAAUGCGGGCAUGGGGAAAAUGGGUAUCCGAAAUCCGCGAGCCACGUAAGAAGAAUCGGAUCUGGCUAGGAACCUUCGCAACGCCGGAGAUGGCGGCUCGAGCUCAUGACGUGGCAGCUUUAGCCAUCAAAGGUAGUUCAGCCAUCCUCAACUUCCCUGAACUCGCUGAUUCAAUGCCCCGACCCGAUUCAAAUUCUCCUCGUGAUGUUCAAGCCGCUGCUGUCAAAGCCGCUGCAAUGGAAGUUCCCGAUCAUCAACAACAACAAACAUCAUCAUCAUCUUCGCUGUCGCAAUCUUCAUCAUCUUGUUCAUUGGCGAUUUCAUCUUCCUCCGGUGAACCGUCAACACCAGAUGAUCUAGGUGAAAUAGUGGAAUUACCAGCAUUGGGAACGAGUUUCGAAUUACCCGACCCGAAUAAUAUGAUAUUUUCCGACCCGGUUGAUGGUUCAUGGACUUGGUUUAAUAAUCACAGCAUUUACGAUGAAAGGGAUUAUUUUAAGGACUUGGAUCAGAUUUCAAUGCAACAAGAUACUAAUUCUGAAAGUUUUACUAGUAUGAUUCUUUGUGGUUAUUAUGAGGGUUCUUUGUGGCAGCAGCAUUAGUCUUAUCUUAAUUAAUUACCCAAUGCUUUUUACUACUUUCUUCUUCUACUAUUUUCUUUUUUUUUUUAAUUUUAUUUUCAUUUUUGUCAUUUUCUUUGUUACAUAUAUUUUAAAAUUAUGUGUGAACCCUUUUGAAAUUUUUCACUUCAAAAGGCUAAAUACAUUUCUUGUC